AUAUGCAGCUUCUAAGGGUCAUCUCUGACCAAAUCUGCCAAUGUGGGAGGAGUUGGUUAAGCCACUAGAAGUUUGAUUAAUAAGCUCAAACCUGGCAUCAUAAGGAAGAUCAAUAGACUGUCUACACCAAUAGCAGGUUUGGAUAAUAUAAACGUUUUUUUGAAAGCUUGUGAACAGAUUGGAUUGAAAGAAGCCCAGCUUUUUCAUCCCGGGGAUCUGCAGGAUUUAUCAAAUCGAGUCACUGUCAAGCAAGAAGAGACUGACAGGAGACUGAAAAAUGUUUUGAUAACUUUGUACUGGCUGGGAAGAAAAGCACAAAAUAACCCUUACUAUAAUGGUCCCUACCUCAAUCUGAAAGCUUUUGAGACUCUGUUGGGACAAGCCUUGACUAAGGCACUUGAAGAUUCUAGCUGCCUGAAAAGAAGUGGCCGAGACAGUGGCUACGGUGAUAUCUGGUGCCCUGACCGAGGAGAGUUUCUUGCCCCUCCAGGUAGCCACAGGAGGGAAGAUUCCUUUGAAAGCUUGGACUCCUUGGGGUCUAGAUCCCUGACCAGCUGCUCCUCAGAUCUCACACUUAGAGGUGGGAAGGAAGGUUUCGAAAGCGACACAGAUUGGGAAUUUACAUUCAAAAUGCAGGAGUAUAACAAAGAUGACAUGUCCUAUCGAAGGAUUUCAGCUAUUGAACCAAAGUCUGCCCUACCAUUCAAUCGCUUCUUGCCUAACAAAAGCAAACAGCCAUCCUAUGUGCCAGCACCACUGAGGAAGAAAAGGCCAGACAAAAACGAGGAUAACAGAAGAAGCUGGGCAAGCCCAGUCUACACAGAAACUGAUGGGACAUUUUCAAGACUCUUUCAAAAGAUUUAUGGUGAGAAUGGGAGCAAGUCCAUGAGCGAUGUCAGCGCAGAGGAUAUUCAGAACCUGCGACAGGUGCGGUAUGAGGAGAUGCAGAAAAUAAAAUCCCAACUGAAGGAACAAGAUCAGAAAUGGCAGGAUGACCUUGCAAAAUGGAAAAGUAGGCGGAAGAGUUACACAUCAGAUCUGCAGAAGAAGAAGGAGGAGAGAGAGGAGAUUGAAAAGCAGGCCCUGGAGAAGUCUGACCGGAGCUCCAAGACAUUUAGAGAAAUGCUGCAGGACAGGGAAUCUCGAAAUCAGAAUUCUACAAGGAGGAUGUAUUCCUCCGAUGAUGCCCUGGACGAUGACGUGCUCCUCCCUACAGUGACUCUGUCAGAAACCAGCUACCGGAGCGAGACAAUGGAAGACAAGGCAACAGCUUAUUCCACCGAGACGCCCAAAGAAGAUUGCACAACUUUUUCAAAUAGUCAGGACAGUGUAGCAGCUGAAGUUCAGUUUCCAUCUCAUAUUCCUGAAGAGCAGCGGCCGGCCCCCGUGGCUGCUGUGGAACCACAACAGGCCCCCUCGUCUGCUGUGGAAGCGCAGCCCCAGGCCCCCUUGUCUGCUACAGAACCGCCGCAGGUGUCGGUGUCUUUAUCUUCGGUAGCACAGCGUCCAGUCUCGCUCUCUUUUCAGCAGUCGCUGAGUACAAGAGGAGAGUCGACUCGGAUUUCAGCUUCUCUCCCUAGAAGUUACCAGAGAUCCGAUACAGCCAGGUUAACAUCUGUGGUCACAGCGAGACCUUUUGGCACGCAGUCAAGGGGAAUCUCAUCACUGCCCAGAUCCUACACGAUGGAUGAUGGCUGGAAGUACAACGGAGAUAUUGAAAUUGUCAAGAGACCUCCACAGAAUCUGGUCAAAGCUACUGCCCCAAAGCUUGACUCCACCCAGUUUGUUCUGGGCUCAUCCAGUGAAAAAGAGGCGACCACAGGAGAAGAUGUGGCAAGCAUGUCCUCUCCCACACCCUCCUCUUCCCUCUCCCAAGACCAGGCAGCCACCUCAAAAGCCACACUCUCUCCAAUGUCUGGCCUGGAUUCAGUGUCUGACUCUGGAGAAGGGAGAAGCUCACCACAGAGGGAGGUUUCAAGGUCCCAGGAUCAGUUCAGCGAUAUGAGAAUCAGCAUAAACCAGACGCCUGGGAACAAACCUGACUUUGGGUUUACAAUAAAAUGGGAUUUUUCUGGGAUCUCCGUAGCAUCAGUUGAAAAAGGUAGCCCAGCAGAAUUUUCUCAGCUGCAGGUAGAUGAUGAAAUUCUUGCCAUCAAUAACACCAAGUUUUCAUAUAAGGAUACAAAAAAGUGGGAGGAAACCAUGGCAAACGCCCAGGAAACUGGAAACUUAGUGAUGGAUGUCAGGCGCUAUGGAAAGUCUGACUGGGGCAGAGACCAACCUCCCCUGCCAUCUACACGGCAUAAAACCCUCAAUCUUACCAGUGUGGCUACCAAAAUUAUAGGUUCACCUGAAACAAAGUGGACUGAUACAACAACUUCAGGGAUUUACAACUCGGACAAGUCUUCAAGUCUGUCGGUAACCACUGAUUUCUCUGAAAGCCUUCAGAGUCCUUAUACCGAAUCUAAAGAAAUCAAUGGAAUUCAUGAGGAAAGCAACACCUUUGAUUCAAAAGCAUCAGAAUCCAUUUCUUUGAGAAAUUUAAAAAGGCGAUCACAAUUUUUUGAACAAGGGAGCUCCGAUUCUGUGGUUCCUGAUCUUCCGGUUCCAACCCUCAAUGCUUCAAGUCGUUGGGCAUGGGAUCAAGAGGAGGAGAGAAAACGACAGGAGAGGUGGCAGAAGGAGCAGGACCGCCUACUUCAGCUGUUAGUGAGGAUCUGAGUCGAAAGCUGCAGGAACAGCUCCUGCUGGAGCAGGAGAAGAAACGGAAGGAACAAGAAUCUCAGGAAGAAGAGCUUCGGAAGCAGCGGGAGGCUGAGGCUGAGGCCCAGGCCCAGGCCCAGGCCCAGGCCCAGGCAGAGGCUGAAGCCAAGGCCCGUGCAGAGGCCCAGGCCAAGGCUCAAGAGCAAAAACGAGCUGAAACACAGAAGCACCAGGCCGAGAGGGAGCGCGAGACUUCCGUCAAGAUCUACCAGUACCGGAGGCCUAUUGAUUCCUACGACAUUCUGAAGAAAGAGGAGGAAUCUUCAGGGCUGUUUGCUAGUGACAGGAGUAAGUCAAGAUCUACUACAGAACUAAAUGAUGCUGCCACAGAGAAAAAUGGAAGCAGCAAAUAUUCAGACAGAAUUGGGACUACUAGCUUUUCACAAAGGAUCUCCAAGAAGGAUCAAGGCCCCUCAGAAGCAGAGUUGGAGAGACAGCAAAUCCUUCAGGAAAUGAGGAAGAGAACAUCUCUCCAUAAUGACAACAGCUGGAUCCGACAGCGCAGUGCCAGUGUGAACAAAGAGCCCAUCUGCCUGCCUGGGAUCAUGAGAAGAGGGGAGUCUUUGGACAACCUGGACUCCCAGCGGCCCAGUUCCUGGAGGCAGUCUCCAUGGCACAGCCAGCCCGCAGGAGUCUAUGCCUCGUCCUCUGUCCAAGACUUCAGUCGCCCGCCUCCUCAGCUGUUGUCUACAUCAAACCGUGCCUACAUGAGGAACCCAUCCUCUGCCGUACCGCCUCCAGCUGGCCCUGUGAAGAGCAUCAACCCAGGCCCUGCCCCAGGGUCUCCCACCCCACACAGCUAUUCCUCUUCAAUGUCACAGUCAGGCUCUCAGCUCCGUAACAGGUCAGUGAGUGGGAAGCGUGUGUGUUCCUACUGUAAUAACAUUCUGGGCAAAGGAGCUGCUAUGAUCAUCGAGACCCUGGGUCUUUGUUAUCAUUUACAAUGUUUUAAGUGUGUCUCCUGUGAAUGUGACCUCGGAGGCUCUUCCUCAGGAGCAGAAGUCAGAAUCCGAAACAACCAACUGUACUGCAAUGACUGCUAUCUCCGAUUCAAAUCUGGACGGCCAACCGCCAUGUGAAGUAAGGCUCCAUUCGAACGCCCUGUUGCAGAUAGAAGAGGAGGCGGUGGCUGCCGAUGCAGAACUAUAAAUACGCCCCCUCCCCCGCCCCUUUUUUAGAAAAAGAAUAACCUUUGCCUCAUUAGGUGACAUAGGAACACUGUAGUUUUGGGAGGACCUGUAUUUUUGUUGUUUAUUUAUAAGAAGGUAAUUAUGUGUGUUGGGGGAAGUACAGUAUUUGCCUUUUGAAUUCAGCAUCCUAAAAGCACAAGUGGGAAAAAACCCCCAAGAACUUAAAAAAAAAUACUUUUGAGGCCGAUGGUGAUCUAGUGUGACUCUUUAGUGGUGUUUUGAAAAGGGUAUUUUGUUUUAUUUUUUUUUAAGUUCUUGCACAUUAUUUGAAAUAGUUAAUAUAAAUAUGUAAUUGUGUUUACUGUUUAUUGUAUUCUAAGUUAAUGUGGAACCAUAUGAAUAAUUUCAUUUAAAUCCACCCAUAAAUUUGCUUUUUGUGGCUUUCUUUACACAGAAAUAAUCCAAUUGAAAAAUAAUUUUGCUUAUGUAUUAUUUUAUUUGCUUGAGGAGGGCAUUCUAUUUUCUUUACAAGGACUGUUGUUGCUAAGCAAAUAUCAGUAGAAAGCUGCUUAUUUUCAGUAAUGAAAAAUAACCAUGGUUUGUAUACCAGGAAUUUUCUCCAGAAACUAGAAAGCUUUUCUGUUCCAAUGUCUUUGUAAAUAAAAUUGGUGAUACAUUUAA